GCAGCAGGCAUGGGGCUCGCUGGCCGCCAGUUCCAAGCCCUGGUCUGGAAAAAUGGACUUUGCCGACUGCGGCACCCGGUCCUUUCCCUGGCCGAAUUCUGCUGGCCCUGCAUCCUGUUCACGAUUCUGACAGUCCUUCGGUUUCAGGAGCCUCCGAGACACAGGGACAGCUGUUUCUUGCAGCCCCGGGAUCUGCCCAGCCGGGGCAUUCUCCCCUUUGUCCAAGGGCUUCUUUGUAACACUGGUUCAACCUGCAGGAACUUCAGCUUUGAAGGCUACAUGGACCACCAUUUCCGGUUCCAAACUGCUGCUGCUGACACGGCAGUCACCAGCCUGGGCUUUGUAGAAGAGGUGCAGGGCCUGGCUGAGGACAUUUAUGAGAUGAUGAACAAGGCGAAGCACUUGCAGAAACUCUGGGGAGAAAGAGGCCAGACACCAGAUUCUUCUUACGGUUCCAGCUUUUUAACAAUGGAUCUCAAUCAAACCGAGGACAUGCUAUCAGAACUGGAAAUCCUCCACCAGCAGCCAUACCUCUGGGAUUUCCUGCAUUCACUGCCAAGACUACAAACAAACAGAGUUCUUGUGGGAGACACCACACAAACUGCAGUGUACUUUCUCCAGGCUGUGCUAAAUUCUGUAGCGUCUCUGGACCAUCUGGAUUGGCUGCCACUCAACCCGACGCUCUCCCAGGUCUCCACAGUUCUGCUGAACUCGACCAUUUCAGCGCUGACUUUUCUGCAGCAGCCUGGAGGAGCAGCCACUGAGUCCGUCUACCACCUUUCCCUGCAGAACAUGGUCUGGGACCCACAGAAAGUACAGCGUGACCUCCAAUCCCAGUUUGGCUUUAAUGGUCUUCAAACAGAGCGACUCCUGAAUUACUCAGUGGAGCUGCAGGAGGUGUUCGGCCAGUGGCAGCAGGGUGGGCUGCUUCAGAAGGUGCUCACAGGCACGGCCCGCAGCGUCCAGGCCCUCCAGGACAGGUUUGAACAGGGGGGCAUGCCGUGGAAGGUGGCAGAAGCCUUGCGCGUUGGACUGCUGCUCCUGAGUGACGCUUUGGCAGUGGAUGGCCCCAGAGACAGCCACAGCUCUUCGCAGAUAUUUCAGCAUCUGCAGACAUUGCAGAAUGUGUUGCAUAAGCUGCCCCGGUGGCCAGCGCUGGAGAGACUGCGGCAGCUGGAUGGGGCCCUCAGGAAUGUGAUAUCCCAGGAUUUACAUUUUGUCCAAGAAAUCCUUACUCAUCUGGAGACUUUAGCAAAUGAUUCUGUACUGGGUGGACCUGACCGUUGGAAACUAGAAAAGAAUGUGUUCUUUGGCGGGUUAAAGCAGCUGCUGAUGAAGAAUGCUACCGUUGCCUAUCUAAAUGGAUGCUUGUCUGAGGAAGCUCCCAAGUUCCCUGGGAAUUCCAGCGUCUGGGGGGAUCCCUGGGGACUGUUGUGCCACCACACCUCCUUCAAUAAGACCAGAGUUUUUAACAGGCUACUUGGUGCAGUAGAGGAUGCUGAUCAUGGUUUGCAAGAAGCCAUUGCUGGGCACACAGAUAUUCUGGUUUCAGACCCUGAAGUACAUCCAGGCUGGCAGGAGCUCAAGAAGCAGCUGUUGAAAGUGAACCACUCCUGUUCUGGGCUCUUCCAAUUGCUAGGAGCUGAUGCCUCUCCUGGGACCAGUGUCUCUGCUGGUGGCUGUGAGCAGCAGCUGGUCUCCACCAUAAUAUUUCAUAUUCUGGAAAAAGCACAAUUGUCCCUGGGACAAAUGUCCUACUGGAAAUCCUUCCCAGAGUUUAUCAGGAAGACUUGUGAGAUGGCUCGAUAUGUGAACACACAAGGAAGUUUCCAGAACAAUCUGUCAGCUCUCUCUGAGGACUCCCCUUGUUAUGCAGAAAACAUGGAUUGGAAAAUCAUCAGUGAUAAUUAUUUUGCCUUUUUGAAUAAUUUACUGACAUCUCCAAUAACGUCCACAUCCAGGGCCUUCAACUCCACAAAGUACCUUCUAGUGAUGGAAAAGAAGUGGCAUGCUCAUGACGAUGAAGAGUUGAACUUUCUUUUAUCAUUUGUGGAGUUUUUGGAGAAGUUAUUAUUGCCUAAUCCUUUUGAAUCAUCUAGUGCUCAUGAAUUCCAUAACCUCCCCUCUCUUAUUGAGAAUUUUCUGAAUGCAAGUGUUUUGUGGGUAAACUAUUUAAAAAGUUUAGGGAGAAACUCAUCGACAGUUGAUGCUCAGAAACUUCUGGAAUUUGGCCAAAUGGUGAUUGAAAAAAUGCAAACUCACGAAAGUCACUGGAUGAAGAAGGCAUACCAAAAUGCUUUGAGAGUCAUGGAAUUAAUACUUUUCAAAAUUAAUCCCAAGUUGCUAGAAUUAUGGCACUAUGGCGUUUCAGAAGGAGAAAGAGCUAAGUUAGAAACCUUGUCUACAUUUCUAAAUUUUUCUGUUCCAGAAAAUGAGAAGAUUCUGAGUAAGAAUUUUAACUUUUCCCAGUUGUUCCAUUCAGACUGGCCUGAGUCACCACCUGUGAACAUGGAUUUUGUACAUUUAAGCAAAACUAUAAUAAGUAGUCUGUAUGAGUUUGGCUUUCUUACACAGGGAGAAAUCUCAGAAGCCCUGGACGCAGUGUAUGCUAUCAGAAAUGCAUCUGGUCUUUUCUUGGCCCUCUCUGAACUUCAAAAACAAGAAAUUGAUAAAAUUUUGACUCAUGUCUAUCUACAUGUCUUCAAAGACAAGGAUUCUGCUUUACUUCUGCAAAUUUAUUCUUCAUUUUACCAAUAUAUUUACAAAUUCUUGAGCCUUCAGAAUAGGGAGCCGUUGCUAACUUACCUCACCCAAAUCUCACGGCACAUUUUGGACAUUGUAAAGCAGUUUAAUUUCCAAGACAUCAGGAAAGCAUUUGCAUCUUUGUCUGGGACUGCUGGGGCUCUUGGGGGAAUUUCUGAAGAAUCUUACUGUCAGCAGUUGCUUUCACUUUUUAAUUUUUUGGAGCUUCAAGCCCAAUCCCUGAUGUCUACAGAGGACCAAGAAUUGGAAGUGAUCCAUGCUACUUUGACAGGCCUCAAACAGCUGCUGAUAGUAGAUGAAGAUUUUCGCGUUUCAUUAUUUCAGUACAUGAGCCAACUCUUCAAUGGUUCAGGGGACGGACUGUGGGGGAGUGACUGCUUUGUUUUGGAUAAUAAAACUAUUUCUUCUGCAAACCGUUCAACAUUUGAGGGGCCUUCACUUAUCCUCCCAUGGGCACAAAUAUUCUCAACCCUGUCACCAAAUGUCAGUGAGUUUACAGCCAUUCACUGUACCGUUUCAUGGCUUCAAAUGUGGACUGAAAUCUGGGAAAGCAUCUCCCACAUAUUUAAGUUUGAGAAGAAUGUUUUCACUUCUCUUCAUGUUGGUCUCACUGAACUUCUGGGUGAAUUGGAAAAUGAUAUGAAAAUUUCUAAAAGCUGCCAAGGACUACUUCCCACCCAUCAUGCUGCUAGACUCAUAUUAAAUUUGUUUAAAAAUGUAACCUGUGCUGAUGGCCUCCACAUUGGGGAUGGUUUCCUGGACGUUAGGGAUCUUUGGGUGGCAUUAGGUGACGCAUUAGUUACAGUAAAAUCACUGAACUUGGAGCAAGUAGAGAGAUCUCUUUCUACCAUGGAAGCUGCCCUGCAUCAGCUAAAGACAUUCCCACUGGACACGAACACAAGCCGAGAGUUUUUAUAUUCUCUGCUUGAUGUUUUCAGUGAGUUAAGCAAUACAUCAGAAUAUCUAGGUAGAAAUGCAGAGCUGAUAAAUCACUUUCUUUCAAACAAUCUCACACAUUAUGGAACGAAGUUUGAGAGAGUCAUCACUGAGUUCAGAGAAACAAUAUCACUUCUUAGACACCUGUCACACAAUGGAGAUUUAUUGUCCUGUGCUGGUGUAUUCCAAAAUGUUACCGAGUUGAUUUUAGAAGGUGGUUUAUUACAUGCAAAUGCUUCCCAGAGGAUGGUGCAUAUUCUGGCCGUGUUAAAUUCCACAUUUUCCUCUGAGAACACAGUGAGCAGCCUGAGAGGAUGCGUUGGAUGGGUAGAUGUCAUAAACCAUCUAUACUCGAUGUGUAAUUCAAGUUUUUCACAGGGUCUCUUUCCCAAUAUUUUUGGGAGUUUCCCAGAUAUAGAAAACAAAAUGAACGCUACGUUGAAAAUUGUAACUUGGGCAUUAAAUAGAAUGAAACCCCUUUGUUCUUUGAAUGAACCAAAUAUAAACUGUGUAAAUAUUUAUUUGAAAGACAUGACUGACUUUCUAAACACUAUUUUUACUACAGUCUUUGAAAAAGAAAAGGUACCAAAAUUUGAGAUUUUAUUAGCUCUUUUAAAUGAUUCUACAAACCAAGUGAGAAUGAUUAUCAAGAACUUAACAAGAGCCUUUGAUUCUGCCUCCCAAUCUAACUGGAAAAAUUUGCUUGGAUUAUUUCUUAGACCCAUAGAAGUGUCAGAUGAAAUUCCUAACCCUUUUCAGAAUGUUUGGCUGCAUUUAAUAGCACUGGGGAAAGAAAUUCAAAAACUUAUGCAAGACAUUUCCCCUAUCAUACUGGAAAAUAUUCCUUCUACAACUGAAAAAGUCUUAAGUAUAUUUGCCACCAUCAUAAAGGAAAAGGACAUAAACCAUUUAGGCAAGUCGGUUUAUCAUUUUGCUAAUCACUUUGCCCUCAUCUUAUCUCAUAGGCUCCAAAAUUCAUCAGAGAUUGUUCCAAAUGAAAUAAGGACAGCAGUGGGUCUUGGGAUUCAACUGGUAAGGGAUGUGUUCAACUCUUUAAUGCCCACAGUUCAGCACAGUAUUCCAGAAGGUACACGUCAUGUUCAAGUUUUGAAGCAAGUGUCUCCUCUUAUGCGCAGUCUCAGGAGAGCAGACAUAGAUCUCUUAGUAGAGCAGCUGGAACAGAUUAGUGAAGGCCUGGUGGAUUUCUUUAGGAAUCUCAGUAGACUAGGCACUGAUGAUGUAGGGGUUGACUUGCUUGUUGGCUUGAUGGAAAAGUUGACAGACAGCUCAAGUUCUUGGAAUGUUCACCUGCUCCUGCGGCUCUCCCGCCUCUUCCCCAGAGAGGACGUGAACCUGGUGGUACACGUGUACCAUGCUCUUCCUCAUGUUGCACGGCUUCUGGAGAGAGUAGCUGAUAAAAACCUCACGGAGGGCCUCAAGGAUAUCCAUGACUUCAUGCUCCUUCACGGCAUCAGCAUUGCCAACAUCUCCAAGGAGGACUUUGCCAUUGUGAUCAAAACUCUGUUGGACACCAUCGAACAAAUAUCAGACCAACCCGCUCUUGUGCCAGAGGCUUUAACAUGCCUUCCUGUGCUUUGGUGUAGGACUCAUGCAGCUCCUGGAUUUCUGCAGAACCCCGAGUUAGCAGGCUGUGGUGUGCAGGGGCGCAUGUCUUCUUCCUUUUAUGGCAAAGUGGCCAGCAUACUGGACCGUCUCCACCUGUCUCACCCAGGGGAGCAUUCACAGUGUUCAAAGGAAAGUUCCCGUAUGGAAAUGUCAAGAAAAGCAGUCUGUGUAAUUCAUGAGCUAGCAGACUGGAAUUCCAUUCUUCUGGAGCUGUCUGAAGUCUUCCACCUUAAGACUUCGCUGCUGAAAACUGUGCAGGAAUUUUGGGACAAAGUGUUACCCUUUGUCCCACCUUCUGGAAAUCAGAGUCAUGGCAGCAGCCCUGAAUUCUGUGCUGGUGGUCCUAUUAAGCAAGUUGCUUUGCAGAUCAUAGAACAUCUAACAAAGGUCAACUUUACAAAAGUGACUUCUGGUAAGAACAUUCUUGACAAGGUGGUUAGAUUAAACAAGAUUCUUAAGAUUGUCGAAGGUACACAGACUGCUGUUGAAAAUAAUAUUUCCCUGCAUCUGGAAAGGAUGAUCAAGUCAAUUUCUGGACACUGGAACCUAGAAAACAGAACUCAUUAUCCACUUUCUCCAUUCAUGAGUCUUCCGAUUGCAAAUCAUACAGGUAAUAGCUUAGAAGCAUUAGCAAGUUUUCUUAAGCUAAGUGAAGUAACUGAUAACUUUGAAGAACUGUGGCUGGACUUCAAACAAACCAUGGAAAACCUGACACAUGCCAUUAAUAUCAGGCACCUUUUGUCUGAAACUAACAAAGAAAUCCAAAGUAUAAAUUCAGUGGCCCUUCAAAACACAACUUUACCGCUUUCCUAUUUUCUAGAGAUCCUCAAUUCAUCAUCAUUGAAGAUGUUGGAAGCUAUCGAAGCUUUUCUUCUGGUCACAAAAAACUGGCUUCAUGAAUAUGCAAAGGAAGAUUACUCCAGAUUGAUACAAACAUUAUUUGUUCCUGCAUCCAAUGAGAGUUCAAGUGACAAUAUGACUGUGUUGAUUAAAGAUAUUGUUACCUUUUUAGACUAUCUAAAAAACAUUUCUAGAGAAAACAAUUUUGAUGUUGCCUUUCUUUCUCCCCUGCUACAUGGAGAACAGCUGGUUAAUUUCUCACUCAUUCAGUGGGUUCUUGAAAACAUUCUGAUUAAUUCCAUCAAUAACAGAGCUGGCCGUUCUCAGGAAGCAGGCCUGAGUUUAAAUGAUGCUGACCUUCACAUAACGAAUCUCAUUAACCUCACCUUGAACCACACAUGGUCAGGAAAGGGUGGGAAAACAGUUCUUUCUCCAAGACAGACAGUGGAUUUUGUGGAUCAGCUUCUGAAAACAUUCCUUUCCCUUCUCCUAAAGGAAAAUUCUGACAACAAAAUAUCUCUUCUGCUUAAAGACUUGCAUGAAGAGUCUGCAGGGAUGAGUUCUGUCUUCAUGGAUAAACUUCUAGAAGCUCUGAAGCUGGAUCAGUUUCUGACCUGGAGGAGUGAAGACAGAUGGAUGAGUGUGUUCUCAAGCUUAGAGGAGGCCGUGUUUCAUCUGGUCAGAAGCUCCUUCUGGACAGACGGGGGGGAACUCUCUUUUGAUAGCCCUGGAGGGCUGGAGUUCAUGUGCGAUGCAGUCCUUGGCCUUCUGAGGGAGGCCUCAGAGGAGAAUAAGCCUGCUGGUGGUCAGGACUUCCCAGGGAGGGUAAGUCAGGUGCUUCUCCACGUGAACAGCUCUGCAGAUCUUGUCCAGCUCCACCGGGACCUUAGGUCAGUUGUUUACCUUGUGAGAGAAAGUUCCGCAGAGAUGGCGAAUCUCGUGAACACUCUGUUAACCUCUCCCGACGACUUCCAUAACUUGUAUCCUGUACUCCAAGAAGUUAUACUUGCUAACCUGACUGUCUUGCUUUCCUUCGCGAAUAACUCAUUCCCUCUACGAAACCGAGAAGCAUUAGAAAUCACUAAGAUGUUGCUCAGUGUCAUUUCCGGUACUGGGGCAGAAGAUCAUGUUGUGGAACCCCUCGUAGAAAUAUCUCGCACUCUGGCCACAUUGCUAGAUGACAGUGCUGGGCUGAAAGAGCUGGCCACCACAGUAGACUCCUUUGUGAAACUCCUCCAGCUGGCCAAGAAAGCUUCGGAGAAGAUGACCACGAUUCUUGAAACUCAUUUCAUCUCCCAUAGCAAAGAGAGCAGCAAAUUCUUUGACACUCUCUAUUUUAGCAUGCAACAAAGAGUUCAGCGUCUUGUGAAGGAAAUUGCUACUUUCGAAAAAGAUCAUUUUGUAUUGAAAAACAUAAAUGAUUUGUUGCUGCCAUUUCUUGACCUCGUCUUUGGAAUGACUGGGGUGAAACCUAGUGUUUCCUGGGACUCUGAUAAUUCCAGUCUGUCAUCUAGCCUGCUUGCAGAUGUGAGCCAAUCCAAGGACUUUACUGAGAUUUUGGAAGAAAUGGCUCAAUUUUUAACUUCUGUGAAAUUUAAUUUGGGAGACUUGGAGCGCCUUGUGGUGGCACUUAAUAAUGGGACUCAAAUAUUUUCUAUGGAUUCUGUCAACGUAUGGGAGGAAAUUCUGGGUUGCUUAGUUCCGAUAAAUUACAUCACCAAACAAAUAAACUUCUUACACUCAAAUCCUCUUUCCACUCAUAGUGGUGCUCAAGAUACCAAAUGGGAAAGAAUUGACGAAAUGAUUCCUUGUUUGGAUAAAAUGCUAACAGAAAACAGCACGGAAAUGGGAGCUUCCAUGAAAAUGUUGAUUGAUCUCAUUGUAGACACUUUCUGGGAUAGCUUAAAGAAGAGCCCUGGUGAUGUUUUAAACCUGCUGCUGACAGCUGGUCAGCUUCCACGUGACCUGCUAGAAACCAUAGCCACAGUUUUGGAGGCUUCUCAUGGAGCUCGAAGUGAUGGCGGAGCUGAUUUAAGGAAAGCUUUAUUUUUCAACGUGUCCUUGAUUCAGAAUAUAACUGAUCAUCAACUUGAAAAAGCAAUCCAGAUCAUGCUACCUAGAAUCGCACUCUUGAGCCUCCUCCCAAACAACUCUCAGUGGAUAAAUUCUUUGCGUACUUUGUUGUGGCCAGUUUCUGAGAUUUUCAUUAAUGCAGCCACCCGGAAGAAUGUCACAUCUGCACAAGAGGCGAGGACCAGGAGCGAGACGAUGAGUUUCCCUUAUAGCUUCCACCCAUCAUCGAGUUUCAAGAAAUACCUGAAGCGGUUAAUAGUAUUGAUUGAAAACUGGCAAAAAGUCCUGCUGACAGAUGAAAGUGUUGUGGAGCUGUGCCAAGCCUUCCAGCAGCUGGAGGCGCCCUCGGAGGCCAUGGCAACGCUACAGAGAGUGGAGCUGGUGGUACUUCGGGGGCUCACCAUCCUCGCAGAAAGCCCCUCGCUGACGAAGGAGACUCUGUGUGCUGCCCUGAGCUGCAGGCGAGGCGGGGUGCAGCGGCUCAUCCUGCCCGCUCUCCGGUGGGCCACACUGCUGCACGGCCUCUACCAGGAAACUCACAAGAUGUGGAGCUCGCCAGGUCAGCUAAGUUGUGAAAGUUUUAGCAAGAAUCUUUCUAGCACCUUGGGAAGCUUCAAAAGUGACUUGGAAAAUGCCACUGAGCAGGGCUGCCUAUGCCAGCCCCCGCUGCGAAUGGUCCAACGGCGCCUGCACGAGUUGGCCAAGAGUCUCGGGGAGACUUGGCUGUCAAAGAACCCCGGUAUGGCUUUCCUUAGCGACUUUGCAAUCCCUGAGGAUGUAAAAGUGAGAGAUUUGAUGAAGAACAUCACCAGGCUAACCGAAGAGCUUCAGUCUUCUGUCCACAUCUCCGAUGAAACUGUCCGCAGCAUUUUGGAAGCAAAUAUUUCCCGCUCCAAGGUGCUCCCCAGUGCCCUCACAGUGGCUCUGUCUGGAAAGUGUGACCAGGAACUCCUCCAUCUCCUGCUGACCUUUCCCAAGGAUGAACAAUCCAGGCUUGCGACCAGGGAGCUCUGUGGGCUUCCUGGGUCCAAAGUGUUUCUCCUGAUUGUGGUCCUGAGCCAGAACCUGGAUCUGCGAGCUUUGGUCUACAAGACUCUGAUCCCUUCCGAAGUCAGUGGCUUGCUCAGCUCCCUGCUGGAUGUGGUCUCCAGCCUCAGCUCCCUACUUAGCAAAGCCCAACACGUCCUCAGACACCUUCCUGCAUUUCUUCAUGCCUUUAAAAUUAACUCUCUGCUAGAUAUGGCAGACUUUGAGCAGGCUUCACGACACGGCCAGGCCAGAAGUUCAGCGUUUGGUUCUUUCCAGUCUAUGAUGAGCCUGCUCUGCAAGGACCAAGCAUCUUUCCUGAGCAGUUCCAACACAUUCCUGAAUCUGCCCAGUGUCAAUGAGCUCUUGGAAGAUGACAAGGAAAAAUUCAACAUCCCCGAAGAUUCAACGCCAUUUUGCUUGAAGCUUUAUCAGGAAAUUCUACAGUCUCCCAACGGCGCGUUGGUGUGGUCCUUCUUAAAGCCCAUAUUACAUGGACAGAUACUCUAUGCACCAGACAUCCCGGCAAUCAAUAAGGUCAUUCAAAAGGCUAAUUACACUUUUUAUUUUGUGGACAAGUUAAAAGCUUUAUCGGAAACAUUGCUGAAGAUGUCCAGCCUUUUCCAGGGAGGUGGAAAUGGACAGAUGAUCAGCCAGCUGCAGGAAGCCCUGAGAAACAAAUUUAUAAGGAACUUUGUAGAAAGCCAGCUGCACCUUGAGGUGGACAGACUCAUGGAAGAGCUCCAGAGCUAUGGAGGGAUGCUGGACAAGGUCUUUAACCGCUCAGGGCCUGGAUACUUCCAUUUCCUGGGCAGUGCCCUGGUCAACCUCUCUUCCUGUGUGCUGCUGGAUCGCUUCCAGGCCAUGGAGUCAGUGGACAUCCUGGAGUUGGAAGCACAAAAGCUUAUGCAGAAGAACAAGUUCUUGGCCAGUAUCAUAUUCAACAGUUCCUCAGUUGGCAGGAGCUUCGGAUCAGCAUCUCUCAGAUUGCUGCCUCAUGUCACGUACACAAUUCGGACCAGCAUCUUAUACAGCAUGAGGACAGAUUUGGUAAAAAAUCCUUCCUGGAAGUUUCAUCCUCAGAGUCUGCCUGCCGACGGAUUCAGAUAUAACUACAUCUUUGUCCCGCUGCAAGACAUGAUUGAGAGGGCCAUCGUCGCGGUGCAGACUGGGCAAGAAGCCCUGGAGCCCACCACGCAGGCACAGGCAGGGCCCUACCCGUGCCACACCAGCGACCUAUUCCUGAACAAUGUUGGGUUCUUCCUCCCGCUGAUAAUGAUGCUGACUUGGAUGGUGUCCGUGGCCAGCAUGGUCCGAAAGCUGGUGUACGAGCGGGAGAUUCAGCUGGAAGAGUACCUGCGAAUGAUGGGCGUGCAUCCAGCCAUCUACUUCCUGGCUUGGUUCCUGGAGAACAUGGCCAUGCUGAGCCUGAGCAGCGCCACCGUGGCCCUCAUUCUGAAGACCAGUGGCAUCUUCGCGCACAGCAACGCAUUCGUCAUCUUUCUCUUCCUCCUGGAUUUUGGGGUGUCGGCCGUCAUGCUGAGUUACUUCUUGAGUGUGUUUUUCAGUCAAGCUAACACCGCCGCCCUGUGCACCAGCCUGGCGUAUCUCAUCAGCUUCCUGCCCUACAUAGUUCUGCUGGUCCUGAACAGCCAGCUCAGCUCUGCCAGCCAGAUGUUUUUGUGCCUCCUCUCGACCACCGCCUUUGGACAAGGAGUGUUUUUCAUUACGUUCCUGGAAGGACAAGAGGCAGGGAUCCAGUGGAAUAACAUGUACCAGGCUCCGGAGCCAGGGAGCAUGACAUUUGGCUGGGUUUGCUGGAUGAUUCUGUUUGAUUCAAGCCUUUAUUUCUUAUGUGGAUGGUACCUGAGCAAUUUGAUUCCUGGAGCCUUUGGGCUGCGGAAACCAUGGUAUUUCCCCCUGACUGCAUCAUAUUGGAAGAGCAUGUGUGGCUUGGUGGAGAAACAGCAACUAUCUCUAAGUUCUAGUAUGUUCUUUGUCAAUGAGGACUUUGGCAAGAAAGGCUCAUCACAGCAAAGCAGGGGAGGAGAGCUUGAGGGGGGGCCUCUUGGAGUCUCCCUGGUGUCUGUCACCAAGAAGUAUGAGGGCCACAAGGUGGCGGUGCAGGACUUGACCCUCACCUUCUACAGGGGCCAGAUCACUGCCCUCCUGGGGACCAAUGGCGCGGGGAAGACCACUGUCAUAUCCAUGUUGACUGGGCUCUACCCUCCCACUUCUGGAACCAUCCUCAUCAAUGGCAGAAACCUGCAGACAGACUUGUCCAGCAUCCGAGCAGAGCUGGGGGUGUGUCCACAGCAGGAUGUCCUCCUGGACAACCUCACCAUCCAGGAGCAUCUGCAGCUCUUUGCGGCCAUAAAGGCACCACAGUGGACUAAGAAGGAGCGACAGCAGCAAGUCAAUAAAACUCUUGAGGAUGUGGGGCUCACUCAGCACCAGCACAAACAAACCCAGGCCCUGUCUGGAGGCACGAGGAGGAAGCUGUCCAUCGCCAUUGCUUUCCUGGGCCAGUCGAGUAUCGUGGUCCUGGACGAGCCCACCAGCGGGGUGGACCCCUGUUCCCGCCGCAGCCUCUGGGACAUUCUGCUCAAGUACCGGGAAGGCCGCACGAUCAUCUUCACAACCCACCACCUGGAUGAGGCGGAGCUGCUCAGUGACCGCAUGGCCAUCCUCCAGCAGGGCCGGCUCAGGUGCUGUGGGUCUCCCGUCUGCCUGAAGGAGAUGUACGGCCAGGGCCUCAGCUUGACACUGGCCAAGCAGCUCUCGUCGCCAGAGGCCGAUGAUCCCAAGUACACAGCUCACCUCACAGCCCUGAUCCAGGUCUACAUUCCUCAAGCCGUCCUCAGAGGCAGGAGUGGGCACCAGCUGACCUACGCCAUCCCGCAGGAUGUGGAUGAGGCCUGCUUCAAGGGGCUCUUCCAGGCCCUGGACCAGAACCUGCAGCCUCUGCAGCUCACAGGCUACAGGGUCUCAGCCCCCACCUUGGAAGAGGUGUUUUUGAUGCUUUUGGAAGAUUCCAACAAGAAAUCACACAUUGCCCCAGGCACCAAGUCAGAGCCUCAGACUCAGAGACCUGCUGGACCUUCUCCCAACUCCUGUGGCUGUCCUGCGGGGACCUCACCUCAACCAACCCUGCCUGCCUCUGGCCACCAGCUUCUCCUGGCACAGAUGGCCGCGCUGCUGAGGAAGAGACUGCUCCGCACGCGCAGAGCCUGGAAGAACACAGCCUGUGACCUGCUGUUGCCUGUCCUCUUCAUGGCCCUGGCCAUGGGCUUGUUCAUGGUGCGGCCUCUGGCCACCGACUACCCUCCCCUCCAGAUGACGCCAGGCCACUAUGAGAGGGCAGAGACAUACUUUUUCAGCAGUGGGACCGCCGGCAUGGACCUCACUCAUGUGCUCUUGCGGAAGUUUGGAGAUCAGGAUCCUCCCUGUGCUGAUCCGAACCCAGAUCUGAUGAAGUCUUCAUGUUGGCGUAGGGAUCCCUUUUCUCCCUCAGAAUUCCAGGAUUCGUGUGGCUGCCUGCAGUGUCCAAACAGAAGUGCUGGGGCUCCUUACCUGACCAACCACCUGGGCCACACCCUGUUUAAUCUCUCUGAAUUCCCGGUGGAGCAGGACUUACUGGUGCCUUCGGAAAAACCAAGCCUCGGAGGUUGGUCUUUUGGAGUGCGGGUCCCCAGUGAAGUUCAAGACAUGAAUGCAAACACUUCAAAACCAAGAACUCUGGCAAAGGUGUGGUAUAAUCAGAAGAGCUUUCACUCCCUGCCUUCCUACUUAAAUCAUCUGAACAAUCUCAUUUUGUGGAGACACUUGCCCCCUGCUGUGGACUGGAGACAGUACGGAAUAACGCUGUACAGCCGUCCAUAUGGAGGGGCCUUGCUGAAUGAAGACAAGAUCCUGGAGAGCAUCCGGCAGUGUGGUGUGGCCCUGUGCAUUGUGCUGGGAUUCUCCAUCCUGUCCGCCAGCGUCGGGAGCAACGUGGUGAGGGACAGGGUGACCGGAGCCAAGAGGUUGCAGCACAUAAGUGGCCUUGGCUACAGGACGUACUGGGUCACUCACUUCCUGUAUGACAUGCUCUUUUACUUGGUGUCCUCGUGCCUGUGUGUCUCAGUCAUCGCUGCCUUCCAGUUAACGGCUUUCACCUUCCGCGAGAACCUGGCAGCCACGGCCCUCCUGCUGGCUCUGUUCGGAUAUGCAUCACUUCCAUGGAUGUAUCUGAUGUCUGGAAUCUUCUCCAGCUCAGACGUGGCUUUCAUCUCCUACAUCUCCUUGAACUUCAUCUUCGGCCUCUGCACCCUGCUGAUGACGACCAUGCCCCGGCUCCUGGCCAUCGUCUCCAAAGCCCAGAAUUUACAGAACAUCUAUGAUGUCCUUAAGUGGGUCUUCACGAUUUUCCCCCAGUUCUGCCUUGGUCAAGGGCUGAUAGAACUCUGCUAUAAUCAGAUCAGGUAUGACCUGACCCAUAACUUCGGCAUCGAUUCCUAUGUGAGUCCCUUCGAGAUGCACCUCCUGGGCUGGAUCUUCGUGGAAUUGGCCUUGCAAGGCACGGUUCUCCUCCUGCUGCGAGUUCUGCUCCACCGGGACCUUCUGCGCUGGGCAGGGACUCACUCUGCUGUCCGAGGCACCAUCAAACAUCCUAAGGACGUAGAUGUUGAAAAAGAGCAAAGGAGGGUGUUUGAAGGAAGGACGGGAGGAGACAUCCUGGUGUUGUGCAACCUCAGUAAAAGUUACAGAAGCUUUUUCAGGAAGACCACGGCUGUGCGAGAUAUUAGUCUGGGCAUACCAAGAGGAGAGUGCUUUGGGCUCCUGGGGGUGAAUGGAGCUGGGAAGAGCACGACUUUCAAAAUGCUGAACGGUGACAUCUCCCCAAGUUCAGGCCACGCUGUCGUGAGGUCACCCAUGGGUGCCGACGUGAGUCUGACCUCUGCUGGCCAGGCCGGCGUCCUCAUCGGCUACUGUCCGCAGCGGGACGCCCUGGAUGAGUUGCUGACCGCGCGGGAACAUCUGCGCUACUACUGCAGCCUCCGCGGGAUCCCGAGUGAGCUCAUCCCCCAGGUGGCAGCAGAGCUUGUGAGGCGCUUACACCUCGAAGCUCACGCGGACAAACUUGUGGCGACCUACAGUGGAGGGACCAAGAGAAAGCUGUCCACAGCCCUGGCCCUUGUGGGCAAACCUGACAUCCUGUUAUUGGACGAGCCCAGCUCUGGCAUGGAUCCCUGCUCCAAGCGCUACCUGUGGCAGACGAUACUGAAGGAGGUCCAGGAGGGCUGCGCCGCAGUGCUGACCUCGCACAGCAUGGAGGAGUGUGAGGCGCUCUGCUCCAGACUGGCCAUCAUGGUGGACGGCAGCUUCCGGUGCCUCGGCUCCCCGCAGCACAUCAGAGACCGGUUUGGUGAUGGUUUUAUACUCAAAGUUUGGCUCUAUAAGGAAGAAAAUCAACCUAGCACUAUUUCUGACUGCUUGAAACUCAACUUUCCAGGGGUCCAGUUUAAGGGACAGCGCCUUAAUUUGUUGGAGUAUUAUGUGCCCAAAAGAUGGGGCUGCCUAGCUGACUUGUUCAAAGUUCUAGAGAACAAUAAGAACUUCUUGAAUAUCGAGCAUUAUUCCAUUAACCAGACCACUCUGGAAGAGGUAUUUGUUAAUUUUGGUACGGAACAGGAGCAAACUCCACCUUCUCCUCUGGAUCUGCCCACUGAGGUUCACUGCCCUUGUCACCUGCCUGUCUAACUAGGGAAGGAAUACAGCCUGGUGUUUCCUCACCAUUGAUGUCCAAACUUCAAGCAACAAGCGCAGCUGAGGAGCCUGAGGGUGUGUUCCAGGGAGUCAAGUUUUCUUCUUUCCUUCGUUGUCCUCUUUGAAACUCUUUAUUAAUCACCGGCAAACCAAAAGGGGAUUCUUUUCUGUAGGUUUUUGGGGAGCCCCUCAUCCCAGCAGAGUUUACCCUGUUGCCUAGCUGGGUGGGUACCAACUUCCUUGGUGUGGAGGCAUGAAUGAGUAGACCGAGUCCACACUGAGCUGCUCUGGAUGGGGACACAGGCCCUGCUUCACCUUGCUGGGGAAGGAAGCCAGGCCCCUCCCCCUGACACUGUUCACAAACUUUCCCAACGUGCUUGUGUUGGAAAUGGCAUCAAGGGCUGUUUUCUAUUUUUGCCAUCUUUCCACUAGAUAGGCUCACAUGUUUUAAAGUAAAAAAUAAAAACUCAAUAAUUUAAAUGCAAACUUUUCCUGAAACUGGGUGACACUGUGCGGUAUGACAUGGGAAAAUUGCCAAUUUUUUCAUACAAAAAUGCUUUUUAAAAUUAAGAAUUAAAGGGCAUUUUCAGUCAACCAAUUAGCACACUAGAUUUUUAUGUGUCUUUUUAAUAGUCUUACCAGAAUCUCACAGACUAUAAUUUUGUGGGAUUAUAGAAAGAAACAGAAUGUGGAUUUGUUUCUUAAUUUGGAUGAAUAAUUACUUUUUUGAUAUUCCAAGCUCUGUGAUUUCACAAAGCCUGAUGGUUCUCAUACUGGCUGCAGUGGGAUCUCCUAGAAGCUAGUAGAAAUGCAGAUUCCCAGAGCUGGAGACUUUCAAAGGCUGGAGCUGCAGCCCAGCAGUCUGGAUUGAAACAGAUGUGUUCCAAUCUGAGAACCAAGAAAACACCACGUUACCUUCUAACUAUACAAGCAAAGUCAGCAGAGUAGGCAAUAACUACACAUUACCUUUCUAAGUUUUUAAGUUUUUCUAAAAAUUAUGUCAUUCUCAGAAUUGUUGUCCUUAAAGAUGUGGCUCUCAAAAGUUAUGUUAACCUGAUAUUUUGCAUCUUAUACUUUAUAAAAUGUAUAAGGUCAGCGUAUCCACCACUGAAAAUAAUUUCUUGUCACACAUUUCUGAGCAUCCAACUGACAGUGUUUUGCUACAGCCUUGGUAGAUGACCACAUUGAUUUCAUCCUUAAAUUUGGCCUUGCCCGACUUGGGCAUUGAGGACUAGGAAGUCGUGAUGGAAGGAAAACACUUCGUUGUGACAUUUCUUUACUGAAACCAGAUUUCAUUAAACUUGUCUUUUCCUGAAUAUCAUUAUCUCAGAGAUAUAUUUUAAUGGUAGGAAUUAAGUCAAUCAUGGGUAGAUUUUACAUGAGCUAUUCUGAGUCUCAGGGAUCACAGAAAUUAUGCAUUCUUAAUGAGUUACAUUUUAGGUUGUAUGAUUUUUUUCUACAAUUCUAACAUAGUCUCAGUCUCAAAAUGGAAGAUGUAAUCUUUUUGUUGUUGAAUCAAUACAUACCAAUUUGUGAACUCUGAAUAUAUUUAUACUUCAGUGAAUAAAUGAGAUGUGCUGUAAGAAAA